CCUCUCUCUACACUGGCAGCUGUGAGAACCCCGAGGAUCCAUACAGUGUGGUCUUCCACCCGGUAGUAGCUGAUGCCAGGGUCCACUUCCCCCCCUCACGUCAAACGCUUUGAGGUCUAUAUGUUUUCCUUCGCCGAGGAUGCGGUUGAGCCGAGUGGCCAGGUCUUUGUCCAUUGUGAUGUGGUCAUCUGUGACGCCAGUAGUCCCUCUGGCGGCCCCUGUAGUGGACAAUGUGUGAAUCAGGACAACCCGAAAAGAGGUCAACGACAUGUCAAAGACUUCUCUGAGGAGCGUCAUUUAUAUGUUUCUUCUGGAUACAUUCUUUGGGUGUAAUGUCUUGUCAAAUAAAGUGUUCUAUAUAAAACAA